AUGCCAGGACCAGAGGACUAUGCAAUCGAGUCUUUGGCCACCUCCCUUAUUAUGGGGGGUACGGCCGAGGCUACAACGGAGACUUUCUAUACAGGUGACCAGCAAGGAAUCGGUUAUAUUCUCGAUAUCGUCGGCGAGCCAAGCGUGGCCUCAAAACAUUAUGGUCUCCCAUACAUGGCCGGCACUGAUCAAAUGAUGCCCCAAGAUGUGGCCUAUGUCCGUUCUAAAGGCGUCUUCUCACUGCCGAGUGAUCAGGUGUGCGAGGCACUGUUGAAAGCAUACUUCCACCACGUCCAUCCGAUAUUACCGGUCGUCGAUGCCGUAGCUGUACUCACUACAUUCCGUAGUGGAGGCCCCUCCGCUAUCAACUUGCUCCUCCUGUGGAGCAUGUUCUCUGUAGCAGCUAGCUGCUUCUAUGAUAAUGGAUGCGAGAAAGACCGCAUUAUCACCAUCCAGUCCGUCAGCCUUUUGGCUUUCUGGUACUCGGACUUGGCGGAGCGCACAGACUCAUGGCAUUGGAUGGGUAUUGCCAUCAGCUUAUGCCAGACGCUCGGGCUCUACCGCGAUCCUGACAGUAGACAUUACAACAAGAGUCUUUCAGACCGGCAACGCCAGUUAUGGCGGCGUAUCUGGUGGAGCUGCUUCUACCGUGAUCGCUGGCUCAGCUUCGCCAUGGGUCGGCCCAUGCGAAUCCACGCCUGGGAUUGCGAUGUCCCCAUGCCUUCAGCUGAAGACCUGACCGACGACAUCAACGAUUUGCCGCAGCGGAUCAAGACGACGUACAUACCUCCGGACUUCAACCAGCUCGCCGAACAGUGGAUAGUCCUCCUGCACCUCAGCAAGACGCUGGGUAGCAUCUUGUACGAGAACUACAGUCCCACCAGACAGCUGCCCUCACGAACCUGGGUCGAGGCAACUGAAGAGGAACUCGACCGGGCCAUCGCAGAAGCUGGCGAACAGCCUGCAAGUAGCAGCCCCGUUUUGUCCUACUCCUACCAUCACCUACAACUUCAUUACAAUGCUGCUACUAUUGCCCUGUGGAGACCGCAUUGCAACAAGGUCACCACAGAUGUCCCGGCAGAUAAGGAACAUGCCUGGAUCGGGCACGUGAGGCAGAAGAUCCAGACCGCCGCCAUAAACACGAACAACGUGCUAGAAUCGAUCAUCAGCAAGCGACUAAUCAGUUACAUAGGACCAAUGAUGUAG